AUGGCUGAUAUACAAUACAAUUUCAUUCAGGAAUGGCAGUUCUGGGUGAUUACGUGUCGCUUUACUGACAAAACGCAAUACGAAAUAGAACCAAUUAUUAAAGUUAGAUCAAAAAGCAAAUUUGCAGAAUAUUUAGCUUCUCUUCCUGAUGUUUUACAUCUUCAGCCCAAGCAAAAUAGCAAGAUUUCUCUUGCAUUCUUCUCAGAUAAUAUACAACCUGCUUGGGAAGAUAAAGCUAAUACUGAAGGUGGUUGCAUGUACUUCACUCUGCAAGAUAAACUCAAGGAACGCGCCCAAGAUCUUUGGGAAUACCUUCUCGCCGCUGCUGUAAGUGGCGAAUUAAAUAAUUGGUUAAUUAAUGACGUUAAAGGCAAUGAAAUCUGCGGCGUUAUUGUAUCACCGAAAGUAUAUAACGCAUACUCAUUCGAAAUAUGGACAAGAAGCAAUAAUCAGAAUAAUCAAAGAUUCCAAGCUAAAUUGCAAGAAGAACUGAAAAAACUUCUCAAUUUGGAAUCUGAUCUCAAAAUACAAUGGCUUAGCCAUAGACGUAAGAAAUAA